AUGCAAGCAAUCAAUGUUCAAACACCAUCAGCUCAAAUCAACAAGGCAACGCCACCUAAAGCUAGCAAAACAAAAUUAAGUUUCGAUUACACACCAAGCCAAGAUGGCAUUGAUCAUAAUCUACUUGUUUUACUUCAUGGUUUAGGCGAUUCAAAGGGGCCUUUCACCAACCUCGGUAAACAAUUAAAAUUACCUCAAACUGCUACUUUAUCAGUACAAGCACCAGAACCUGUUCCUUACAUGGACGGAUGUUUUCAAUGGUUUCCCAGUUUUGACAUGUUGACGGGUGAUUUACUGACACCAGCUAACCCAGAGCGACUCAAGGGAUUAUUGCGCACACGCGAAAUGAUGGAUGGACUUAUCAACCACUUAAUAAAAGACUGUGGUUUCAACCCAAGUAAUAUCUUUUUCUUCGGGUUUUCUCAAGGUGGAACAGUCGCAUUGGAUACCGUAUUGUUCGGUAAAGUGAGAAACUUGGGAGGUGUUGUGAGCAUCAGCGGCUACUUGCUGGAGGAGCAACGCGUUGAUCGUAAGCUGGGUGAUGGAUAUGCUGGCUAUAUUCUAGUCACACAAGGAGAAAAAGAUGGAACCAUUGGUAGUAAAUUCGAAGCUGAAAAGCGUUUUAAGGCGAUUGAAAGACAAUGUGGAUCCACAGCAGAGACAUCACAGAUUUUUAUCACCAACAAGGACCAUACAAUGCCAUCUUCUGAAAGAGAAUGGCGAUUGAUCCAUACAUUUUUUGGAAAGAAUAUGUCGAGAAGAAAUAUUGAACUGGAAAAUAUGUCUGAUGUUUAUUUGGUCAAAUAAAUUUAAGAACUACCCCAUCCAUCACCAAACUCUUGACAAUGCUUGUUGAACCCUUGCUUCGUAUGACACCAUUUCUCAUAGAGUAAUCGUGCCGCAUUCUUACCUGAAAUAGUCUGUGUCUCCAUCGUCGAAAUAAAAUUUUCAAAUGCGCCAGUAUACACAAUACCAAAAUCAUCUUCCUCAUCUGCCCUUAGUAAAAAGGGUGGGAAAUCGUCAGUGUCAGUGACAGGAUGGAGUUGAGGGAAUGCGUGCCAUCCUUUAUAGUGUACCCAAGUUCGAUUUAAAAACAAUUG